UAUGACAUCGAUGGCACACAAAAUCUACGAUUUUUGUUUUAAACUCUAAUUACUAAUUUACUAUUUAAAAAGACAGUUUGUUGCUUAGAAAACAAUCAGCAAUACUAUACGCGUAAAUUAAAUUAUUGUGUGUGUUGGAUUGUUUGUAACCUGUAAAAGAUGCCUUCGUAAGCGACCCUGGUAGUCGAGCAUGUCAAAGGCUCCGUGGCUUUGGUAGCAGUCGGUUCUCCUGCACUGCGUACUGAAACUUAUUAAUGUUUUCGUUCGAUCGUUGUGUUAAUAUUUGUGAUAACUCCAUAUUGAACAAUAAAGCCAUGUUUGAUUGAACGGCAGUGAAUUUGCAAAAUAUUCUAGUCUAUUUCUUCCAUAGUUUUCCCUCGUUUGAUUUUACGGACUUUGAAAAAUAUCAGUUAGUGCCAUACAAAGCACCACCAUGUUCAGCGACAAAUUCGAGAGACGUCUGAUCCAGCAAUGCAGCCCUGUCGGCAGGAAGUCACUGGUCAUGAGGUCCGAGAGGAUGGACAGGUUCGUGCCUCUCAGGCGGGGGCAGAAUUGGCAGACUAGCUUUCAAGCUAAAGGCAAAGGCGCAGAGAACCAGCCACCAAAAUCGCAGAGAGACGCCAACAGCGACAGCCCAGGUGGCGGUCGUGAUUACCAAGUGUAUGGCUGUCUCCUGCGAAACGAGCUGCUUGGCACACAGAUCGAAGAGUUGAGGGGCCCUCCGGCGAACAGGACAGAGGGGAACAGGACGGCCCUCCGGCCCGUGAAGGACCUUAAGGGAUAUAUGCCGCCCGUAUACAGCUUCAGCUCGCUUCUGAAAAAAGAGGACACAAUAAAUACGCCGCCACACAACCUCUCAGCCAUAUCCACGCCCUCACAAAAGCUACUAUGGGCGCCAAGGAAGACCAUGCGCAAGAUCUCACGGAUACCGUUCAAAGUGCUGGACGCUCCAGAACUUCAGGACGACUUCUACCUGAACCUGGUCGACUGGUCCGCGCAGAAUGUGCUCAGCGUCGGCCUGGGGAGCUGCGUCUAUCUGUGGAAUGCGUGCACCAGCCAGGUGACCAGGCUUUGCGAUCUAUCAUCAGAAGGCAACGCCGUCACAUCGGUGUCUUGGAGUGAGCGAGGCAGCAUCGUCGCCGUGGGUACACAGAAGGGACACAUCAGCGUGUGGGAUGUCGCGGUUAACAAGGAGGUUUCAAAAUUGCACGGGCAUUCGGCGAGGGUCGGUGCGCUGGCGUGGAACGGCGACGUGCUCAGUUCGGGUUCUCGGGAUCGGUACAUCAGGCAACGGGAUACGAGGACGCCGCAAGUCAACACAGCGGUGCGAGUGCUACAGGGCCACCGGCAGGAGGUUUGCGGGUUGAAAUGGUCUCCCGACGGUCUCUCGCUGGCGUCCGGGGGCAACGACAACAAACUACUCAUCUGGUCACUGCAUUCAUCGACACCAGUACAAACGUACUCGUCCCACGUUGCCGCAGUGAAGGCCAUCGCGUGGUCGCCGCACCAGCACGGUCUGCUCGCGUCCGGCGGCGGUACCGCCGACCGAUGCAUCCGCUUCUGGAACACGCUCACCGGCCAGCCCAUGCAGUACGUCGACACGGGUUCACAAGUCUGCAACCUAGCGUGGUCGAAGCACUCCAGUGAGCUGGUGUCGACGCACGGUUACUCACAGAACCAGAUAUUGGUGUGGAAGUACCCUUCGCUUACACAGGUGGCCAAAUUAACCGGUCACUCGUACCGCGUCCUCUACCUGGCCCUGUCACCCGAUGGCGAAGCGAUCGUCACCGGCGCCGGCGACGAAACGCUGCGUUUUUGGAACGUGUUCUCAAAGUCCCCGUCACAUCGAGAGCGGCAGAGCGUGCUCAACCUGCACACGUCGCUCAGAUAAAUACUACUAAAGUAUCACAGAAUAAAUAAAUGUUAUAGCGGCGGAGUGUCAAUCUGCGCAGGUUAUAGUUAACCGCAGACUAGUCACUACUAGUCUGUGGCUUACUAUAGACAAAGUGUGAAGACUUAGUGAUGUGCGAAUCGUAGUGCCACAGACAAUAAGAGGUCUAUAGACAAUGUGUCGGUGUUAGUCUUUGAUGUUGAAUUGGAGUCUAGUUUCAAGUGAAACAUGACGGUCUAAGGCUUAGUUUAGUACUCACGUGUCAGUGGGGCCUACCGCGAAAAACGAAGUUUCGUUAUCUGCCUCUCUAUCACUCUUGCUUAUUCCAGCGAUAGAGAGGCAGAUAAAAAAAAGGUAUUUUCGGGUUCCCGGUAGGGCAUCGGCUGUCCAGCGGAAGGCAGCUAACUAUUAAAGUGCGAUUGUUAUAGCUAUAUAUUAUUAUUAUUAUCACUCUAGCUAGCUGUCUCUCGCUUUUACAGAACUGCAAGCAGCUGUGAACACUAGGUUUAAGGGUCAUCGUGUUAUAGACUUAGCACCGGAUCAUAGGCUCCAAUAGUCUCAAAUGUACUAAAGUGGAUUUAGUGUGUUGUCGAACAUAAAUGAAUAGCAUACGGCUAGCUGUUAGAAUGGGAUAGUUAUACACAUUUUCAUUCUGCCAAGGCUACCAAUUGCAUUGUACAGACAACAUAAAAUAGAUAUUGAGACACAUACCUACUUACAUAUGUAGUGCAUAAUCUUUAACCAUCGUAUUUUCACGGAAACGCACGAACGUAUUAUGCUAUUUCAGUCAACCUCAGUACAAAAAGUACUGAGGUUGACUGAAGUAGCAUGACAAAUACAAACGUUUUCGAGAAAAUACUAUGGCAAAUUUCUAUGGUAACAAAAAUAUGUAACGAUGUAUUUGGCCACUUAGGCCGUCAAUAUCUAUAUGAUGCUGAUUGUAGUAACAGAACAGUGCCAAGAUGGUUCCUAAUAGUACUUUGUGUAGACAUAUUUUCUAUAUAAUUUUCAAUAUAAAAGGAUAAUUUGUAAUUUACGACAUUAUAAUUUAUUACUUUAAUUUCAUUUUUAAUUCAUAUCUAGUUCAUUUAGAGUACGGAAACUGGACUGUUUCUAUUGCAUUUUACUAAAAAUACUUUAUAUUAUGUACAUAUGUUUUAGAUAUUCUGAUAUAGUGUUUAUAUAAUAUACUAUAAUUUAUUAUUUUUUAGUUUAGUUCGCGUUGGGAAAACUUAAAAGAAUUUGCUAUCAGAGUCGAUUUCCUUAAGUUCAAGUUUAACUGGUAUUAUGAACUGAACACGCAAAUCUGUUGAGUUUUCACUUAUACUGCGUAUAAGACGCGUUAAAAUACAAUGUGUGUGUCUUUACUGUGUUUCUGAUUGUUAUUGAUGGCCAGGUUAAUCUUUAGGUAUGUCUUCAUUGUGCUAAUUUGCCCCAAUCAAUUGGUAAUAUUUUGACCCAAUUGGUGUUAAGGAACCCAUCCAAUGGGUUAAUGGUAAACCUUUUUAAUGGGUUCAAACUUACAUUACAUUUUUAACAUCUUAAUGAAGAAUGCACAAAGAAUUUGUUUUCGAAUAAUUUACUCUAGUUUCUGAAACUUUUAGCGUGAAAAGUGGAUUUUCGGUCAAAUUACACCUAUUUUCGAAGAUUUUUAGUUUUUAAUGUUAUUUAAUCAAAACUUUCGUAAACUCUUAAUAAUUAUCAUUUUUGGGAAUAUAUUUUGGUUCUAUGGAUGGUAUUAACUAUUAAUUAUUUUUUUCUGUUUCAGCGUGUUUUUUAACUUGUUCUAUGUCUGUGUACGUGAGGUAGGGAUAUAAUAUUAACUGACAUACAAAUUACAUAUUUAAGAACUAACAAUACUUUGUAUGUACAGUCAGCUGCAUAGAAAUUUGACUGUACAUUUCCAAAAACCCAGUUAUCUACUGAAGAGUUUAACAAAAUAGUUUCAUUGUAUUUUAAACAUUUAGUAAUACAAAUUAUAAUUCACUUUGAAAUAAUAGCUCUAUUUGCCACCAAAAACUACUUGGCUUAGGCCCACUUGCACCGUCCCACUAACCCGAGGUUAAGCGGUUAAAAUGUUAACCCAGUUUCAAAUUGUACUGGUAACCAUGGUAACUCCAGGUUUAACCGGUUAACCCCGGGUUAGUGGGACGGUGCAAGUGGGCCUUACUGUUAUUGUACAAACCUAUUGUCAUAUCAACUACUUGUAACCGUAAUGUACCGACAACGAUAUAGUUAAAAUAACCUAUUAGCAGGCGAAUUAUGGCUUUGUCUACGUGAUAGAAUGUGACAUUCCACGGGUAAAGGUACAUUAUAGCAGUCGGGGCUUGCGUCGCUUAA